GAGAGACCCACGGCUUAGAAAACUAGGUGUGAUUUCUACAUGUGUGGAGGAAAAGGUUGGAACGAAAUAUCAGAAGGCUUGGAGGUGAACCCAUGUCCCUCUGUUCUGCGUAUUAGGAGGCUGGUGGCAGCACUGUAAUGUGUAUAAGGAUGUGAAGCCAGGAAGGAAGCAGGAGACAGCGGGAAAGAGGAAUCCAUCCAGACCGGAGAGUGGCGAAGACUAAAUCGGACCGAUUGACGGGGCAGGACAGUAACCGAGGCAGGAGGCCCCACCAGGACACAUCUGCUGGCCACCUGUGACAGUUCUCCCAAUAAGUUGCCUUGUACUUCCUACCCUUCUGCUUUAAACAUGAGUGGUAGAUACACCCAUGCAGUUGUAAGAGGGAUCCCUGCCUCCCUGGCACAAGAAGCUGAUGGGCAAAUGGAUCUUGCAAGGGCUCAACGUGAGAGUGGUGUGUACUCUGGCAUCCUCAGGCAGAAACUUGGCCUCCAAGUGAUGGAGUUGCCCGCCAGCGAAGACCUUCCACGAGGGCAGCUGAUUGGUGACACAGCAGUAGUGAUAGCGGAUACAGCUCUAAUCACCCGACCAGCCAUCCCCGCCAGGAGGAAAGAGACAGAAGGCCUGCGGAAGUUAUUUGAGGAGCUGAAGUUCAGAGUCUGUGAACUUACAGAUGAAAAAGCCACACUGGAUGCCAGCGACAUCCUCUUCACAGGUUCAGAGAUCUUUGUAGGCUUGUCCAAAUGGACGAAUAUUCAAGGAGCAGAGAUGGUGGCAAAGACAUACCAGGAUUAUGCAGUUUCUACUGUUCCAGUCUCUGGAGAUUUGCAUCUAAAAAGUUUCUGUAGCAUGUGUGGUCCAGAUACCUUGGUUAUUGGAAGCAGCGACUGUGCAAAGAAAGCCCUUAAGAUGAUGGAGCAGCUUACAGAUCAUCAUUAUGAAACCUUGACUGUGCCCGAUGAUCCCGCUGCUAACUGCAUCUACGCCCGUGUGGGACCUAAAUCCAAUGUAUUGGUGCACCGUAGUGCAGAUGAAUAUCCCAACAGUGUGCAGGUCUUUCAGAAGCUGACUGAUUACACCCUGGUCCCAGCAUCCUGCACAGAGAUGUCAAAAUUAGGAGGCUGCCUUACCGCCUGCACCAUACUGAUAAACCGAAAGCUGGAGAUUUGACUUGACUUCUAGCCCCGCCCCCCAUGCCUGACCACCAACGCUGGCACAAGGUGGUUGACUUGGAGGCAGCCUACUCCUUUUUAAUAUCCUCUUCAGUAUUCAUUUCAUCCUACAGGAUUUUACCUGUAUCAUAAACGCAUACACUAACGCACACUUGUAGCACAUAGGUUUUCUAGAACAAUGGAGGUUUAGAAAAAAAAUAGGUGUUUUUUCAAUAGCAGCCAAUUUAUUGCAGCUGUUCUUUUUUUUAUAGAACAGAAAAUUGGUUUGGUUCUUAUAGGAAACGUGUGUGGGGGAGGAGGGGGGGGGGGUUCUUGGUUAUUGCUUAUUUGAUUGGCUAGCUCUUCUGACAGUUCAUAUGUACAUAUCUCUAGGACCUUUCUGAAUGUCUUUGGCUGCCAGUGGACUUAAGUAGUUUUCUGGCUUUUUUUUUUCUUUAAUGUAGUUGAAGCAAUGCAGGUUUUUGAGGUAACUGCAUCCAGUUAUCAAGCGCUGUAUACAAUCUGCAUUUGCAAACAAAAAUCAUUAAACAGUUUGUAACGUCACAGCA